GGUAAAAACCCGGCCCCGUGAUGGCCAAUUCCAAGCUGCGGAUGUGCCGGAUGUGUCUGUCGACCGGCGCAAUCUUGCGCAGCCUGUUCACCAUUUUCCAGGAUCACAACCUUGUGUUCAUCAUCAGGGACUACGUUCGGCUGGAGAUCGAUCAGAACGACAAUCUGCCGCAGAUGGUGUGCAAAUCGUGCGCCGUCAAGCUGAUUCGAGUGCGUGAAAACGUUUCGUUGUUCGUGGAGAGUGACCGGAAGCUUCGGGAGAAGCUACAGGAUGGAACGGUGGCUGCGGAAGAGAUCCACAAGCUGGGUCAGGAUCGCCGGAAGUACGCCCGGAAGUCGGCGGACGAGGACGAGCAUGGCUGGGGUGCUGAUCCCAAGGACGGGGAUGUUUCGAAAAAGGAACUCCCUAAAGAAGCGAAAGAUCUUGGAGGUGGUGCAGAUGUAGGCAACUUCGAAUUCAACGAAGUCAAGCACGAACUGCUGGACAGCGAAUCCGAUGAAGAUAUUCCGUUGAAGAUUCUUAAAAAAGUGGUAAACGAUGUUGAGGCCGAAUCCGAUGUUAAACCACCGGUGAUCCCGGUAGCACCGGCCGUUGUGGUGCUACAGGAUCAUAAAGAAGAACCGGAGGACUUUGAUGAAUUUGGCCCAGCCGAUGCCCCUAGUCCGUUCCAAUCCGAUAGUGAAUCGGAGGAGGAGAAACCACCUAGGAAGAAGGCUAAGAAGGAAAAUGUAACUAAUGAUAGUGGUUCAAGGAGAGUCAGCAGGAGGCAAACAAAGACACCUAAAAUUGAGGUACUGUCGGACGACGAACCGCUUAGCGAUCAUGACGAUGAAGAUACGGAUAAAACGUUCGAGUUGAAGGACGCCAAGAAAGAGGAGGAUCCGGAUGAAUCGUUUGAUGCUCCUAAAAUACCUAAAAAGAGGGGAAGGAAGAAGCGGGUCCAUACAGACGGUGACGCUCCGAAGCCUAAGAAAGCUCCGAAGAAGCCGGGACCAAAGCCUGGGCCUAAACUGGAAAAGCCAAAACCUUCGCUGCACGAUUUCAAGUGUUACGUUUGCAAAAGCGAAUCGCUGGGCAGUCAACAAGCCCUUAUUGAGCAUCUCUCGACACAUGUAAGUCAAAUUCCGUACACGUGCAAGGAAUGCGUGAUGGAGACGGUUGUCCUGACGAGAGUUCGUACGUUGAAUACACACAUGAAGAUGCACGAACAGCCGGUCAAGUGCGACUAUUGCGAUCGAAGAUACAGUAACGCAGCUGGAAAGUACUAUCACCUGCAAACCUUCCACCUGGGCGGCGCUGCACCAUGUCUGGUGAAUUGUGAAGUGUGCGGCAAAACUUGCGGAUCUCAAAACGCGCUCAAGAUUCACAUGAAGUACCACACGACUAAGCUGAAGUGCAGUCACUGCGACAUGGUGUUCAACCACCCGAACAAGAAACGGAACCACGAACGGACGCACGAUCAGAAUCGGGGCAUCGAGUGCGUGGUUUGUAAGAAAAUCCUGCUUACAGUAGAAUCCUACGACGUCCAUCUCAAGAAACACACCCACGAACGUAGCUACGCCUGCCAUCUGUGCUCGAAGAAGUUCAACACGUCGUGCAAUCUGAUUACGCAUUUGAAGGUCCACGAAAAGAACGACAACUACCGGCCCGCCAAGUCCUGGGUCGAUCACUACACCGUGCUGAGCCGCGAUCCGCUCCACUUCAAGUGCAACCACUGCGACCGGUACAACACGGACAAGGUGAACAACAUGAUAUCCCAUCUGCAGGCGCACUUCAAGGAGUACGAGUGCGACCAGUGCCAGCACAAAUUUGCCACCGCAAAACAGCUCAGAGCUCACUACACUACGCACACCGGAGAAAAACCGGAAAAGUGCAAGCACUGCGGGAAGGUCUUCUCCACCAAGAACAACCUGCGCAUUCAUCUGAAGGCGGCGCACCCGGAGUGGGCGCCACAGCGUUCGACGCCGGUGCCAAUGGUGGAUUCUCCGCUGCAGCAGCGGACGACGACCGAGGUCGCGUUGGACCAGUACGCCGGUAGUUCGUCAGCCAUGAGCAGUAGCUCGUUCGGUAUGGUCAUUCCGCAGCAGCAGCAGCAGCCGCCGCUGGUUCAGGGAAUGAACGUGCUGAGAAGCUGAACUGGGUGUGGGUAAGUGGCAUUUGUUUGAUUUAAUAUAGCUAUAU